AGGAUAAUGAAUUGAUUCCUAACAUAAUUAAAAGGUAUUAGUGUUUGCGGCGUCUUUUUUUACAUUGACUUUGGUAAUAGUAGAGAGAUGCUGACUGAUAACAGACAACAGAUUGAAUGAACAGUCAUAAUGUAUUUUCAGUGCGGCGCUGCAAAGUGAUCGCUUUCAUAGGGAUUAGUAAGAUGAACCUCAACCCUUUAACACUUCUAUAAUAUGAGUUUUUACUCACAACAUUUCAGCCCCCUAUGGGUUUCUGUGCACGCUGGACCUUAUCACCCAACAAAAACGGAGGACCACAAGUAGCUAGAGGGAGAAAGAACGUGAAGGUUGACAGUGGAUAACUGAACAAAGACCAGAAGGAUCCGAAGUGGAAGUGACACCGAUUAAAAAGGGAAAUAAACAACGCCAAAAUGUCUUCAGGCAAAAACAAGGAUCAAAAAGCCAAAGUGGCUAUCAAGAAAAUGUCCAGAGUGUCCGGAGUUACAGUCAUUCAAAGUGUUGAACUUGUACCUCUGGGAAAGUCAACACCUGACUUCACCCGGAAGCCAAUGGCUUUAAACGUUCAAGAAGGUAAAAAGGCUCUUUUCAAAGCAAUGGUUAGUGGAGCACCGCCCCCUGUUGUUACUUGGGAGCGUACCAGGGGUGAAAUGAAUGACCCUAAUAUGUACAAGACCAGAUAUGAUGCAAGAGGUCGAGAGCACAUUUUGGAGAUACCUAGUGUUAAACAUGAACACGCUGACACCUACAAGUGCUUCGCAACCAACGACUACGGAACGGCUUCCUGCAACAUAACGCUAAAUGUUAUCGAAGCGGGCUCACAGCAGAAAGGCCAGGGAGGCAAUGGUCAGGAUUUCAGAUCAAUGCUAAAGAAAACCGUUGUUCCCACCAGAAAAAAACAACUGCCGCCAAAGAAGGAGGGAGAGAUUGAUCCGAAGCUCUGGGAACUCCUCCUCAGUGCUCGGAAAAGAGACUACGAAAAAAUAUGUUUGGACUUUGGGGUCACUGACUUCCGCUGGCUGUUGAAAAGACUCAACCAGAUGAAGAAGGAAAGGGAGGAUGAGCAGGCAAAGGUUGUGGAGAAGCUGGAGAAUGUGAAACAAAUACAAAUUAAACCCAAUGGAAGAGCUGAAUUUAGUAUGGACAUGAAGCUAUGGGAUGCCAACAGUUCCAUUCACCUGUACAAGGAUGGGAAAUUGGUGCCUUAUAGUGACGAUGCAAAUUCCAAGUACUGUUUGAAGAAAAGUGGGACAAGGUAUACUUUCAGCAUUAAAGACCCUCAGCCUGAAGAUGCUGGAUUUUAUCAGGUCGAUGUUGACGACACCAAUGUUCUGACAACUGACUUUCAAGUACCUGCUGUGGAGUUCAUGGACCAGAUCAAAGAUGCGAAGGCUGUUGAAAGUGAAGAUGCUGUCUUUACGUGCCAUCUCUCCAAACCUCUAAAUGGAAUCACAUGGUUAAAGGGAGACAUGUCUCUGGAUGAUGUGGAUAAAUAUGAGAUCACGGUCUCAGAGGACAAACUCGUUCACACGUUGACAAUAAAAGACUGUAACGAGGCAGAUAAGGGCAAAUACUAUGCCAUCGCUGGUUUAACUGCCAGCAGCGCAUCCCUUGUAGUUGAAGCUGAUCCAGAUGGCAGUAAAAGACGUAAAGGUAAAACCGAUAAUCAGGAUGAGAUAACAAAACGGAAGUUGGAAAAAGAAGCCAAGCUACGAGCAGAGCAAGAAAGACUGGAGGCAGAAAGAAGAGCUCAGGCAGAAAAGGAAGCUGCAGAAGCAGCAGCAAAGGCUGCACUGAGAGAUGGGGAUGGAAGUGGUGCUGGAUCUGAUGGGAAGACUGGUGGAGAUAAAAGUGAUGGUGAUAACAAGAAUGAGAACCUCCUUGAAGGAGAUCUGGGGAAUAAAAAGGGUGACAAGAAAGAGGAGAAUGAUGAAAGUAAGAAGAAGAGAUUACGAGAAGGUCCUUUAGUUCCGGAUACUGUUACAGAUCGAGGAGUUCAGUUUGUCAGUGGUCUGUCUGAUACAACUGCUAAACUCGGGGAACGAGCAGAGUUGUCUUGCAAAAUAAGCAGUGAGACAACUAAAGGUCGUUGGUACAAAAAUGGGAAGCUGCUAACCAAUGAGGAUGGAGUAAGAAUAAUCAAAGAGGGAGCCUGUCACAGGCUGAUAAUUGACUGCUGUCAAAACGAUGACACUGCCGUUUAUCGCUUUGAAGCUGAGGGACGUAAAUCAGAGGCAACUCUAAAUAUUCAAGACCCCCCAAAAAUUGACCAAGAUGCUCUGGGAGAGUUCACCAAGCCAGUAACUGUAAAAGCAGGUGAAACUGCAGAAUGGAAGCUUCCGUUCUCUGGUGGUGUACCAAUGAACGUUCAGUGGCACAAAGAUGACGAUGAACUUGUACCUGCCUUUAAUGUUAAAAUUGAAACAUCAGCCAAUGAAAGCCAACUACGUCUGACAAAGUGCCAAAGGAAAGAUAGUGGAGAUGUGAAAAUCAAAAUGAAAAAUGAAUUUGGUACAAUGGAGGCCAUCUCAAAACUUAUCGUAGUUGACAAACCUAGUCCACCUCUGGGACCUGUGGACAUAGUGGAAAGUGCUGUAACAUCUGUGGAGUUUAAAUGGAAACCUCCCAAAGAUAACGGUGGUUGCCCUGUCACUAAUUACAUCAUAGAGCGCCAACAGGUGGGGCGAAAUAAGUGGACUUCUCUUGGAGAGAUCCCUGGAAAAAACCUAAGUUACAAAGACUCAGACGUUGACCCUGGAAGGAAAUACUGUUAUCGGAUCAAAGCCAAGAACGCAGAAGGCGUCAGUGAUUAUCUGAAGACGGAGGACAUAGCAGCGGGUGUACUGCGUUAUCCAGGAAGCCCAACAGCACCUAAAGUUCAAAGUGCUUUUAAAGACUGCAUCAAUCUGACCUGGGGUUCUCCAUGUGACACUGGAGGAACCAAAAUAGUGGGCUACAAUUUGGAGAAGCACAAGAAAGGCACUAACUACUGGAGUCUUGUAAACCAAGGAGGGCCGAUUACAGACACAAAGUAUGCAGUGAAAGACAUCUUUGAAGGGGCAGCGUAUGAAUUCAGAGUGUCGGCUAUUAAUCUGUCCGGUGCAGGAGAUCCAAGUAUCCCAUGUGACACGGUGAUCGCAAGAGAUCCCAUGAAGGCACCAGGAAAAAUUACAGGCCUAAAAUUAACAUCAUCUGAUUACACCACACUCUCUCUGGCCUGGAAUAAACCAAAGGCACUAAAAGGGACAGAAGAUGAAGCUCAAGGAUAUUAUGUGGAGAUAAGACCUAUGGAAAGCCCUGACUGGACCCGCUGUAACUCCAUGCCGAUUAGUCUAACCUCCUACACUGUACUGGGUUUGAAAGCAAUGACUUCAUACUGGGUGAGAGUAAUUGCCACCAAUUAUGGAGGUGAUGGAGAACCACAGGCAUUCGACAAUUACCUGAUUGCCAUGCCCCCUCCUGUGAGGCCAAAAUUCAAGGACAGAAAUAUGACGACUUUCGUUGUGGUCAGAUCUGGUAACACAGUACGUCUGAACUUCAACUUUGAGGUACUUAACAUUACUACAUGGAUAUUAAAAUACUGCUGUCCUUAUACUUGUCCAAUUGUGAAUCUGACAUACUGUAUAUUUCAGGCCUCCCCACACCCUGAUGUUUCUUGGUUAAAAGAUGGAAGCCCGGUGGGGAAACAUGUGACUAUCACCAACUCUGAUAAAGGCUCUCAAAUGUUAAUCCCCACAUCUGAACGUUCUGACACCGGUAUCUACACCAUCACACUCAAGAACCUGGUGGGUCUGGAGAACUUCAAUGUUGAAGUCAGAGUUACAGAUGACCCUAAGCCUCCAGGACCAGUAGAGUUGGAUCAGAUCAUUCCAGGAACAGUGACCCUGUCCUGGUCUUCUUCUCCAGAUGAAAAGAGAGACGACAGACUGCACUACAUGAUUUCCAAAAAGGACUCUUCCAAGGGCACUUGGAGGACAGUGGCCGACAACCUCUACAACAACAAGUUUACAGUCAUCAACAUUUUGCCAGGACGAGAAUACAACUUCAGGGUGUACGCUAAAAAUGACAUGGGCCUCUCAGAACCUUCAGAAUCCCCUCGGUUUGGAAUCCAAAAGGAAAAAGAAAAGUUCAUAAUAAACAAGAGGGAAACAAAAAGCCGGAACCUUGAGUCACCACCAUCUUUUCUGGUUCCCCUCAAGAGGCGUACGGCGCCAGAGGGUUACGAGUGUUGUAUGAGUUGUGCAGUGAGGGGGAACCCGGCACCACGUGUGACUUGGUACCGUGACAACGUCAGCCUGAACACAAACACCAACUACUACAUCACAAACACGUGUGGCGUUUGCUCCCUGCUCAUAUUGAGAACAGUAGCCAAAGACAACGGAGAGUACAAAGUUGUCAUUCAAAACAAACUGGGCAUCUCAGAGUGUUCCAUGAUCCUGAAUGUCAAAGAGUGAAGAGCAGCUACACCUGCUGGACAGAUGCGGAAUUAAUCUAAAAAAAAUACAAUUCUGGCCUGAUUUGAUUUAAAUAAAGUACAUUUCUUCUUUAUGGAUUUUACUCGAUGAAAACAACCAACUUAAAACUUAAUUAUUUCAGCUUUAGAAGAUUCGAUACUUGUUUAGAAGGUCUGGUUUAGAGUCAAUAGUUACAAGUGCUAUAAAACAGAGCUGCCUUGAAAAUGUUUCAAUUUCAUGUAUGAAUAAAAACAGAAAAUAAAAAAAAUUUAAAAAAAACACUUGCUC